AUGCAAAAGCAACAGACGGUGGCGGUGGGGAAGUCAGUGGUUUUGACCUGCCAGGCCGACGCGCCCGACGCCGCGCUCGUUACGCAGCCACACUGGAGAGACCCUAAAGGCCUUAUAAUUAAUGAAGCCGCCGCCGGUACUCGACCCGAAAUCUACACAGAACCGAUGCCGGCAAAACAACAGCAAUUGCUAUACAUAUCGUCCAUCACGACCGCUAUGGCGGGCAAAUACACGUGCGAAGCGACUUACACGAACAUGCCUCUCAACGCUAGCGUUGUUCUCGACACAUUUGUGGCUAUUACAUGGACAAAUGCAAAUGAAAAUCAGUAUGCUACAAAAGGAAAAGAUUUCAAAGUUAUGUGUGAAGUGACCGCGGAACCUGCACCAUCUGUGGAUUGGUUCAAAGAAGGGACACCAAUUUUAACGGGCGACAGAUACGUUAUUCACGCAAAUGGUUUAUUAAUUAAAAAUGUUCAAGAGAGCGAUGAUGGAACUUAUACUUGCCGAGCCGUUGUUAUACAAACUGGCGAGUUAGCAGAGCGAAAUAUUAAACUUCAGGUUUACACUGCACCGGAAAUGGAAGAACGUGAACCAAAAGUUGUUAUCAAAGAAGGUGAAUCCGCCUCUAUUACCUGUAAAGCUCGCGGACAACCUCCUCCCACAUAUUCUUGGAUCAAAGCCUCUACGCGAGAGAACCUCGCAACAACAUCACGCUUCAGUGUAAACGAAAUCGAAGGAAUCCUAAGAAUCGAUAGAGUCGAGGCCGGUGAUUACGGCAAAUAUAUAUGCAGUGCUGUAAACCAAGCGGGCCAUAACGAAACCGAAUUGGAAGUCGAAGUUUUAGUCAAACCGAAAAUAUUUGAAUUAUUAAAUACAACAUCUGCCGAAAAUACCGAAGGGAGAUUGGAAUGCAGAGCCUCUGGUCGUCCGGCUCCGCAGAUAAGCUUCAGAAAACUUAGUAAUAGCAAUCGUUUCUUAAAUGGUCCUAACGAUGAUGGAAGGAUUACUAUAGAAACAAGUAGUCGUCAAACCGGAGACCAAAUGCAAUCUAGCGCAGUUAUAACAAUUUCAAAGUUGAACAGGACCGAUGAUGGAUUAUACGAAUGCGUCGCGGAAAAUGAAGGUGGAGAAGACCGAAAAAAUGGUCAUUUGACUGUUCAAUUUAAACCUUCGUUUGAACACAUGUUGGACACACCUAUUUGGAGUUGGAACGCACAACCAGUUAACUUAAGUUGUAUUGCUGAAAGUAUACCCAAUGCUACAAUUAAAUGGAAGUUCCAUGAAUACGAUUUAGUAGAGUCCCCACACGUCAGAAUAUAUGGAUCAGGACCUAUUAGCUACGUGACCGUCACACCAGUAGACAGAAGCUUGUACGGUAUUUACAAGUGCCUGGCGACCAAUACCCUCGGUGAAGCGGAACAUAUCAUCCAAUUGAGAGAAGCAUUCCCACCAGGGCCCAUUUCUCAGGUGAAACAAGAAACAAUAACGGCGACAUCCGUAUCAUUUAAUAUUCUUGGGCCUGGUGAGGCUAUGGGACCCCCGAUACAAGCGUAUACAACCCAAUAUAAAGAAAAUGGCAACUUCGACUGGAACCUUGCUAUGAAUAGGACAUGGUCCAUAAACUCCCCGUACAUUGUUGAGAAUUUGAGACCAAUGUUCACGUACGACUUUAGAUUUGCUGCAGUGAACAGAGUUGGUACUGGAUCUUGGGGUGCACCUUUAACCGUCAUUAUGCCUAGAAGAUCACCACCGGAACAACCGAAAUGGAGGGAAGAUGUAAGUUCAGAGUCGUUAAUACACGGCAAAUAUGCUGAUCGGUAUGAACUACAAUGGAAAGUACCGGCGCAUAAUGGAGAACCCAUCGAUAUGUACGAAGUCAGCUAUUGCCCAGUCUUGAAAGUAAGUGGUGAAUGGCGUGUAUCAGGCGAAUCUGACUGCGUUAUUGAAGAAUUGAAAUCGUAUGAAGCUAUCAAUUAUGAAAUACGAGGUCUACGUCCAGACACUAGAUACAGAAUACAUGUUCGAGCUCACAACAUUCUCGGAUAUUCUCUCCCAGCUCAACUAUACCUACAGACAGCCCUUGGUAACCCAAGUGGAAGUGUGGAACGUUCUGGAUUUGCGCCUCCUCAACUAUUAUCAAGUGGAGCUAUCAUUGGUUUGGCAUUGGCUGGAGUUCUAAUUUGUCUCAUAAUCGUGGAUCUCCUUCUAUUGUGCUUCAGACGACAAGGAGUCAUUGCCAUUAUAUGCGGUAAACGUGUCAAGAAGCACAAUGAGGAUGAAGCCAAAUUGGGAAGAGAUGAAAAAGAACCCCUCAAAGAAACUGGCGAAGACGCUAUAAAAAGGAACUCUUCAGUCGAAUUCGACGGACGUCGAGUGUACGCGACGAGCGGAACGAUUAUCGGUAAAAACUCAGCAGUC